AUGUCAAUGAUAUCUCGCAAGGGACUUGCGAUUGCAGCCGUCACGCUGCUGGCGCUCUUCGUCGUCGUGAUGCCAAGCCCAGUUUCCGCACAGAGUUCCCUCGAAUGCCAAAAGGUCUGGCCGGGGCCAAGCAGCACCAAUGAUGUACUUACUUGUUUGUCCGAUAAGGAUCGUAUCAAGGACCAGUGGCGCUACUAUGUGUUUCCGGGUUUCAGUGCUCUGCUCUUUCUUGUAAUUUUGAUAAGUUUCCCCAUUGUCUUUAUCUGUGUGAGCUGUUGCCGUUGCUGUUCUUGUUGCAAGCCGCAGGAGGCAGAAGUCACAGCGAAUUCCCGCUGCUUUCUCUGGAUGUGGAUAGCGUACGCCAUACUGUGGAGUUGUGGAGUGGUCGUACUCGUUAUCUAUGGAGCCAAACUACUCGGAGCCUCACUUCCUGCCUUGGUUGACGAUACACUGGAUGGACCACUGAAGUACUUUAAUGAAACAGCAGAAAAGAUUGUUGAUUUCACGUCUAACUGGUCUACAGGUGAGCGUCAACCUUUGCCUGGUAUCAACCUGGACAUCACUACCUUCAGUGACGUUAGCGAUAAAGUUACAGAUUUUCUUACUACAUUGAAGGAUAAUAUGAAUAAAUAUGCCGGAUGGGUACCAAUUGUCUCGUACUGCAUUGGUGCGGUGGGUGUUGUUCUGAUGUUCCUCAUGAUACUCCUUGCCUGCUGUCGCUGCUGCGUCCCAUGCCUGCCAAUGGGCUUAUCUUGUGUAUACUGGAUCUUUGGAAUUGUGUACUCACUUCUUGGUGUUGCUGCUAUUCUAGUUGCAUACGCAGCCACUGUUGGCUGUGGUGAAAUUCAAUUGCAGUACAAACGUGAACCGGGUAUACUUCAGUGGUAUGCAGUGCCUUACUGUGAAUCAAUGUUUAACUUCUCUAGUGUGAACGCUGAGGUACGCAAGACGGAAACCACUUAUGCCCAACAGGCCUGUACCUCACUGCUGGAGGUGUGUGAUAAUACCCUAUUACCCCUUCCGCGCCCAUUCACUUGUGGAAAUAACAUCACUUCCGCCGAUCAGUGUCCAAACAUGGGCACCAUGGCAGCUGUAUUGGAAAGCAGUACCGUAAAGGCUUCCACUAUGGCCUGCCCGGUGCCAACGGCAUCCUGUUCACUGACGGAAUGUGCAGCCAAUUGUACGAAUCCAACAGUAAAAUCAGGGGCAGCACAAUUACUAUCAGUUGCGGCACAGGCACGGAAUGCAAGUAUUGCUGUCUCGUACGCUACACCUUUGCUGGAAUGCAAUUUUGUGGUGGAUCAACUGUUGGGUGCUGCGGGCUCCUGUAAUGAUCUCAAGACAGGGUCUUUGAUGCUUGGUGUGGGAUUCUUUGUUGGUGGAUUAAUGUUCGGUCUUGCCAUCUACAUUAUGUUCCGCGGUUCCUGUGUGUGGAAGAACCCCAAGUGA